ACGCGUCGCAGCAGACAUCGGAGGCUACCAGUUUGCAAGGACACAGGAACACAUUACGGCCGGUCGAAUAGUCCUACAAUGAAGGCCGCCACGUUAGGCUUAGUGUUAACCCUCGCGUUCUGCCCGGUUUUGGUUACAGACGCCUCGGAAAUGAGCUUCGCAGACUUCCGCAAGACCCUCUUCAGCCUGAACCCUGGAAAGAUGACACCCCAGUGCAGAAAAGUGAUGAAGAACUGCAUGGGAAGAAUGAUGGGCCUCUUGCGCCAGUUGGACACACUUGGCCGACACUGGGACGAAAUACAGCAAAUACCUUGCGCCAAGCAGGCGCUGCAGGAAAAAUUCCCGGACUAUUCGGUAGAGUGCAGCAGAUCCAACAAGUUCGGAAAGAACUUGGAAUGCUUCAGAAACCCAGAGACCUUGGCCGUCCUGGGACACGAGAACAGCACUCAAGUCCAGGACGCUUUCCAAUGCGUGUGGGAAAAUUUAAAGGAGUGACACCGAGACCAUGCUCAUCCUAUUGCGCAGGGUUUGACGAAUAAAAGUUGAUGCCCAAUA